AUGACUACACAAAAACAACACGAUGUUCGGUCUUAUUUCCCAUACAUCGAUGAAAGUACUAGGAAAUAUUCUGUAUGUUCGAAAGUUUAUAAAGCUCCUCUUAAUCCGAAUACCACAAAAUCUCAAGUUCUCAGCAAUCGUCUUGAUGAUUAUAUUAAUGAUAAGAAAAAGAAGGCGAAAUCAAAAUUUAUUUAUAGUGAUACAUCUACUACAUCCGUUACUACUGCUCCUUCGUCUUCGUUUGUUGAUGUGGUUCUGGGUGAUGAAAUUGAUAAUGGUGAAGAUGUUCCUGAAAUUUCCAAUUUAGAAAAUCGCAAUCAAACUAGAGAAGAUUCAGGAUCAAGUGAUUUUGAGUGGAAAGGUGUGAGUGGUAAUAGAUUUUCAAUGAAAAAUAUCAUGAAUAUAGAAACUGAAGAUAACAGCGAAUAUAAACUUGUGGAUUUGCUUAGAAGGCAGAAAGAUCUCCAAGCAGUUUCCACUUAUCCACCUAUGCAUCCAACUUAUUCCUGA